UCAUCAUAUCCAAUUUAUUCGCAUAUACUUCAGUUUCCGGUCCUUUUAAUUAAUUUAUUUUUUUAAUAUAUUCUUUUUUUCUAGUAAUAUUUCCUUCUUAUUCUCUUCGCUCCGAUGGCAAUACGACGUCGUUUUUCCGUUUUCGUCGUUGCCUUUUUUUGCUUUGUUUCUGGUCUCACCGCCAGUGAUGGCGAUUCUGAUCCGAUUUAUAUAGCUUGUGUUGAGCAAUGCGAAAAGACUGGAUGCGUGGGGAAUAUAUGCCUCCAACACUGCAAUUUGACGUCUGAUAAGAAGUCUGUGAGUGAUCCAUGGUAUCUACAAGAGCCACUAUACAUAAAAUGGAAAAAAUGGGACUGUCUUAGUGGGUGCCGAUAUCAGUGUAUGCUGGUUAGGGAGGAAGAAAGAGUUAAAGCUGGAGACAAGCCUGUUAAGUAUCAUGGGAAAUGGCCGCUCCAACGUGCCUUUGGGAUUGAGGAACCUGUUGCUGUGGCACUCUCUGCUCUCAAUCUUGCAGUGCAAUUUCAUGGAUGGGUUUCCUUCUUCAUUCUUGUGAACUACAAGUUGCCUCUGAAGCCAAAUAGACAGAGCUACUAUGAAUACAUUGGGCUGUGGCAUAUCUAUGGGACAUUAUCAAUGAACUUUUUAUUUUGGAGUGCUGUAUAUCACAGUAGGGAUGUGGAGAUGACGGAAAAACUAGAUUACUCAUCUGGUGCAGCAGUGCUUGGAUUUUCUCUUAUAGCGGCUAUAAUGCGAGCUUUCAAUGUAAAAAGUGAGGCUAGCCGGGUGAUGGUUUCAGCUCCAUUGAUUGCUUUCGUGACCACCCAUAUCCUGUACCUGAAUUGCUAUCAGCUUGAUUAUGGUUUAAACACGAAGGUUUGCUUUACCAUGGCAGUAGCACAGCUACUCAUUUGGGGAAUCUGGACUGGGGUUUCUAACCACCCUUCUCGAUGGAAGAUUUGGUUGAUGGUAUUUGGAGAAGCUCUAAUUAUUUUCUUUCAAAUUUUUGACUUUCCACCCUUUUGGGGUUUUUUGGAUGCUGAUGGUCUUUCGCAUGCCAUUGCCAUUCCCGUAUCCUAUAUUUGGUGGAGUUUCAUUCAGGAUGACAGUGAACAUAGAACUGAAGUACUCUCCAAAAAAGCAACUUAGAACAAAUGUCGGGUACAUUCCUUCACGGGUGGUAAAUUGUGGUUAUACCAAACUUAGAAACUGGUCAUUUCUUGUUUAUUCAGGUAGAGUUAUUGCUUUUUUUGCUUGCGUGCUAGUGUUUUUAUAAAACGCUAUGCAUAUCGAGUUUCUUUGUAUUAAAAGUUGUGUCGAUAUGGGUUCGGGUGUUUAUUUAGGGAUUCUUGUUCAAGAUUUUGGUUGUUUUUUUGAAAGCUCCAGGCCGUUGGUUUUUACGGAUUUAUAAGUUGGUGUCUGUACCGCUUAGUGCGGACCUGCCUUUUGGCUUUAUCUUAUGGAGCUUUUGUAUGCUGUUAUUUUUAAUAAGAAUCCAUUUUAUGUUUCUCAA